AUGGGUGAGGUAGAAGAGGUGGAGUCGUGUUACGUAGCGCCCAGCGAGGAGACGCCGAGGCAACCUCUCUGGCUCUCGCCUCUCGACGUCCUCCUAGCCAACCGAGGCCACACCCCCACCGUGUACCUGUACCAACGCGACGCCGCCGCUGCCGUCGCCGGCGGCGGCUUCUUCGAGGUGGGCAGGCUCAAGAAGGCCAUGGCGAAGGCCCUGGUUGCCUUCUACCCGCUGGCUGGCCGUCUCCGCCGCUGCGCGGGUGGCGGCCGGCCUGAGAUCGACUGCAACGCCGAGGGCGCGCUCUUCGUCGUGGCUCGGUCGUCGGAGCUCACCGUUGAUGCCUUCAGCGACCUUAAGCCUUCGCCGGAGUUGAGGAGGCUAUUCGUCCCCCGGAUUGAGCCAGCAUCCAUUGUGCUUGGAGUACAGGUGACCUUCUUGAGUUGUGGUGGUGUGGCGCUAGGGACGGUGCUGCACCAUUCCGCCAUUGACGCCCUGAGUGCAUUCCAUUUCUUCCUGACGUGGUCUUCUUACUGCCGCUACGGCGAUGCUGCCGCGGUGGAUCUGCCCUGCCACGAACGCACCCUCCUCCGCGCACGCUCGCCGCCGGUCGUCCACCCGGACGCGCACGCCAUGUUCAGCCUAAAGCUGAACCUACGUGAUGAGCCGACGAGGCCUGUAUCCACCAAGAUAUUCGACAUCUCCGAGGGCCAGCUCGCGGCCCUUAGGCAAACCUGCGGCGGCACGAGCACAUUUUGCGCCGUGAGCGCCCUCGUGUGGCAGUGCGCGUGCGUCGCCAGGCGGCUUCCUCUAUCCGCCGAGACGCGGCUGACCUUCCCGGUGAACAUCCGCCGCCGCGUGAGGCCGCCUCUCCCGGACCGCUACUUCGGCAACGCGCUUGUCGUCGUGAGCGCGGCCUCCACGGUGGAGGACGUCGUCUCGGGGACGCUGGCGGCAACCGCCGCCCUGGUGAGGGCCACGCUGCGCCGCGCGGACGACGAGAUGCUGCGGUCGGCGAUCGACCACGGCGAGAUGAUGGUGGGGGGGAGGUCGACGUGGAACCCGCCUGCCGCCAGGGGCAACCUGCCGGACACAGAGCUGCGGGUGACCAGCUGGCUGGGCAUGCCGGUUUAUGACGCGGAUUUCGGGUGGGGGAAGCCACUGGUGAUGUCCCGCGCGGAGUCGGUGCGCGGCGGGUUCGUGUAUGUCAUGGAUGGCGCAGGCGGCGACGCUAGCGGUGGCGGCGUGCGCGUGCUCAUGUGCAUGGAGGCGGUGAAGAUGGAGGAGUUCAAACGGCUGAUUUAUGCUAGGUUUGGCUAGUGAUGAAACUAAUACGUACCACAACGAUUGAAUGUCAGUGCAAGUGAUCUACACCAGCCGCCCCGGCACUGCCUGUCUGAUCCCAUCAAUAUUCUAAUAUAUGGUGCAUUAUUUUGACUAGUUACAAAAUGAUUUUGUGCAGG